GAGCACAAGAACCAGUAUCUUAUUGUUCUUCUAUUGAAACAACUUCUUGAUUUAUUGGUUUCCCGCUGCCAUGGAGGUCAAUCAUACGGAAGGCGAUGAGGAGUCGCCGGUAACAGAGCAGUCUGGUGCUGAUCCUCUCCCCACUUCAACUCGUCCCACGAUGAAGAAAUGGACGCCCCCCUGGGUUUCUAAUCGAAGCCUUCUGUUGAAACCGGUCGAUUCGGACACAGAAUCUCCCGAGCGACACCAAGAACCAGGGCGGGGAUCUUCCGGAACCGGGCAAACCACCGCAUACGUCAAUGGUGGAGGCGAAGCCGAGGUCGAUUACAACGAGACUCGGUACCCCAGCCAGAACGACGCGGCGCAAGCAACCACAGACCUGGAAGCAGGAGCACUAAUAACGCCGGAACCCGUGCGGGAUCCGUCCACGUCGGGAUCCUCUCACCACUCGUCGUACUGGGGAAAUCCCUUCCGUACAAUAGCCCAGGGAGCCGACCAAGAACAAGACUCGUCUCCUCCACCUAAGCUGGAACCCGUGGAUCCCCCACCGGAAACAACGGACUUUUCGGACGGAAGCAGCCAACAUGCAAACAGCACCAGAAGCGCGAUGACGGCACAGUCGGAUUGGGGACCACCCACCCGACCGGGUUUCGAACAGGGAGAACAGGACGCCGCGAUUUCAAAGGCCAACGCGGCGGUGCAGGAGACCAUGAUGCAUCUAACGAAGAGCAACAACCACGCUUUUGCGAGCUACAACGCCAAAACGGCCACAACCGUCGUCAGCAUAAAGGGGGGGAAUUCCUCCAAAUAUGUUCGAAAUUCUCCCCCACCGUCCGCGAAGCGCAUCGACUUCUCGGGAGAGACGACGGUGCAUUUUUAUAACAGCGACAGCAGCGAGGGGGGAGGCAGCACCAAGGAAAACCAAAGUACCAACAACCUGAGCCAUCAAAUCCGUCGUUAUUACGAGACGUAUGCAAGCAACGACCAAGAGAAGAUGAGGUGCAUGUACAUGCCCACAAUAGCGCCGGCCAUCGAAACAAGCGGCAGAAACGACGUCGAGCCGUCUCACUUCGAAUGGGUUCCGAAGCGCGUGGAUCCUCCAUCCGACCUGCACUACGAAGACAGCUAUUCCACCUCCGAGGGCGAAGAAUGCUCAACGGUGUCGGGUGGCAAGGAUCCAUCAUCGCAUCCGACAACAUCGUCAACCGAAUUUUCGAUCAACGUGCACGAGCAGGAGGACAGGAGAAACGGACAGAACCCAGUCAACGACAAAGCGAACAAGAAACGAGGCACCAGAAACCCGAGCGCGGAACACAAGGGCGGAGACAAGAAGAAUGAAAUCCCCAGACAUAUUUUUACGCACCCGACCAAAAAAGAAGCCGUUGUUGCGCGCAAGAAGAGGCAGACCGCCACAAGACAGAAGAAAAAGACCAACUACCUUCUGCAUUUCACGGUGUGUUUAAUCAUGCUUCUGAUUCCGGGAUUGACGUUGUUUCUGGUGUGGUACUUUCUUGGGUUUGAUAACAAAUAGAAAGGGCCAACCCAAACCCUAAGAUUGAUUGUCGGUCAAGAUUAUCGACUAUGACUUCAUCAUCGAACAGCAGCUGGUAGAACGAAACAACAGCGCCAGGAAAAGCAAAGCUUUGUCACCAUAGUGGAAACACACCAACGCGACUGCUUGCUUCCGUGAAACACGAGGAAAAUCUUACUGUUUUCGCCAUGAAUAAUGAUAGAGGCCAACA